AUGCAUAUUCAUGAACAUUUUUGGCCCCCGACGAUCCGGUAUAUCUCGGGACUCACCACUGGAGAUGUUAAUAUUCCGCUCUUGCAACGAGACGACCUCCUCAACACCGCCACCGCCGCUGGAGUUUGUCGAGCCAAACACAGCCCCCAGCUGCAAACGCUCCGGAACAGCGGCCAACGCCACCCCAGAAGACUCCACCACAGCCCCGGGCCGGUGGCCACCGACGGCGCCACCCAAGCGAACUCCACCGAACAGCCGCCAACAAAGGCCCCCAACCGAGCGACCGGCACAGACAACCACGGCAACACAGGGGGUGGUUGUCCAAAGCUAAACGUCACCUUCAGCAAGGAUAUGAAACACAACACGCGGAGUAGCUAUGCAUGUUACAGUCCUGUUGUUGACUAUGGAGUGUUGGAUUCUGGUGUCCAGAAAGAUGCCACAUGUCAGAUGAUACUGCGCUUAUCUUGUGAUGAAAUGGAGCUGAAAAAUGAAGCUCACUAUCUGAUCAUGGGGCAGGAUGAUGCAAUAUCAGUGCUCAAUAACGACGGACAACAUUUCGGGUAUGUGCUGAACAAUGACAUGUGGAUCGAGAAGAUACCAGAAGAAAAGAAAUGCAAGGCAACCAUAAGUCGCUCUGCCUGCCAUCUUCUUAAUGAAUUUCUAAAGCAACACCCCAUUAAACGCUGUGACAUUUAGAAGACAAGAUGGAAAAUAACCACUUCCAACAUCGUUAUUUGGCUCGGUAAAUCAUGUGCUUUUAUUUCUAGUGCAUACUGACAUAUAAAGAGACUGUUACAGUUGUUUGGUACAUUGGAAACUAGAGUCUGAAGCAUUUCAAUUCAGUUUUUCAUGUGUAUUGGCAAUAUGGUAGAUUCAAGUUACCCUUUAUUCUGUUACAUAGUCAAAUGGGAAGAAUUCUAUUACAAAAAUCUCUGGCAUGAUGACCUUUAACUUUUCAGUGUCACACAACCUUCAUUUUUAGGGCUACUUUUAGAGAAGCUACAUCAAGAGUGCAUUAUUGCAGUUUAAAUACUAUGUUUCAAAUGCUUCACGUGCCCCACUGUUGUUAUACACUGUACAGUUCUACUACAGAAUACUGUAUUUAGUGGCUUAAACAACACUGGCUUUUGCUCGCACAUGUUUGUAAAACCAGAAUCAUGACUCUAUAUAAAGUACAAAUGCUCUCCUGAUUCAGAAUUCAU